GCAGAGCACCAAAUGGGGCUUGAAGACAAUGAUGGUAUAGCAGAAUCGAAAUCGCCAGCAGCCGCGGACGGCGACAAUGUAACUCUAGAAGCCGUGCCGAAUGAAGCCAUUCCCGAACAUGCGUUGACUUCCAGUGGCAGUAAUGAGGAACAGGAAGCUGACAGCUCUGGCAUUAUUGAUGGAGAACAGCAAGCAACUACUGGCUUACAAGAUAUUCGAGUCAAUGUUUCUAUUCGAUUUGCUUCUGGUGCCCAAGUUACUGGUGAAACAGAGACAGAGCCUGUCACAGGCAAGACUCUCAACGAGUUUACCGCACAUCCGUGGUCCUCUGGCGCGCCAAUACCUACUGAGUUCUGUCUAGCGGCUUCAGAGUCCAUGCGUCGGGCCAAAUUAUUCCAGGUGAGAUAA